AUGACAUUACUCUUCUCUCGUGUGGCUCGCACGAGGUUGAUCCUCCGCCAUGCGCAACCAGCGCGAGCAAGGAUCAUAGUGACCGCGAACAAGCAUGAAAGCUUCUCGACCACGCGCAACCUCUCUCAGGAAAAGGCUGAGAACGAGAAGAAACUUCGUGAUGACCCUAGAAUAAAAAUUCUAGGCAGGGCAAUUGAAGAUGAUUUUGCUACGAUUAGAGAGAAUUAUGCUACGCCCCGAUACCCCAUUGUCCUAGCCCAUGGCCUCCUAGGCUUCGAUGAGCUCCGUCUCGCGGGCCGUCUUCUCCCAGGAAUACAUUACUGGCGGGGCAUCACGGAAUCGCUACGCGCCAACGGGAUCGAGGUCAUCACGACGUCUGUCCCGCCCUCGGGCUCCAUCGAAGAGCGCGCCGCGAAACUCGGCCAAGACAUAGCUGCGAAGGCGAACGGGAAGAGUGUGAAUAUCAUCGCGCACAGCAUGGGCGGCCUGGAUGCGCGCUACAUGGUUUCGCGGCUGCAGCCAGACAACGUCGAAGUGCUCUCGCUCACCACGGUUGCGAGCCCCCAUCGGGGGUCCUCGUUCGCGGAUUUCUGUUUUGAGGAGAUAGGUGAGGCGCGCGUUCCCAAGCUGUAUAAGGCUGUGGAGGGCGUGGGCUUCGGUACGGGGGCUUUCAUGCAGUUGACUAGGAAAUACAUGCAAGAGGAAUUCAACCCCAAGACGCCUGAUGCCCCUGGGGUCAAGUACUUUUCUUACGGGGCCAUGAUGAACCCGAGUCUCUGGAGUGUGUUCCGGAUAUCGCAUAAAGUCAUCGAGGGGCUGGAAGGCCCAAAUGACGGCUUGGUCAGUGUGGAGAGUUCAAAAUGGGGGACAUAUAAAGGCACGUUGGUUGAUGUUAGUCAUUUGGAUCUGAUCAAUUGGACGAAUAGAAUGCGAUGGUGGCUUUUGAAACUGGGAGGAAGUGAGAGGAAAUUCAAUGCCAUUGCGUUUUACCUCGACAUCGUGGAUAUGCUGGCGAAAGAAGGUCUAUAA